AUGAUCAACAAUUUUAAGGCAAGGCUUUUUCACAGAGAUCAGUUCGACGUUAUGAAAUGCUUUCAGUGCAAUGAGGUUGGACAUAAGAUUAGUAGCUGUCCGAAAAAGAUCCCUUACAAGUGUCACAGAUGCGGGAAAAUGGGUCACAAUGCUAGGUUUUGCAAGGAUGCGCUCAAGCAUUCGGAUGAAAGCGACAUCAUCACUCAUACUGAGAAAGACAUGAUGUCUAUGACACCGGAUCAAACCUAUUUCAUCAAACAUCUGGAGAAAAGUACAUACAAAAAAAUGUCGCAAGAUAUCGUGGAUAAAGGCAGCAGAGAUAAUAAGAAAGAGUCUAAAUGGAGUCUUGGCAUCAGCGAUGAAAGCGAGAGUGAUACAGCAACCAGUUGUAAAGAAGAUACAGUAGAGGCAAGUGAUGAUGACGGGACAAUGGAAGAGGUCCCUGGCAGCAGCCAUGCUCCUGUAAAAAGUAAAGUCCAAAAGAGCAUAAUAAACUUCAUCACGACAGCUACGCCACAGAGAGUUAACGUAACUGGCGACACCAAAGAACCUGAAAAAGAAAAAUUCAACAAAGAGAAAAACGAACGUGAUCCGCAAGUAGCGAAUGUAAUGAAGUCACCAAGUCCCGGAGAGAAAAGAAAGAAAAAAAGAAAGAAAACGAGUAAGAG